CAACGCACUUACACACAGGAAAGAGUACUGAAGAAGCCGUGAGCCACGAUGGGUGAAAUGUCUGUGGACUCCAACACCCUCUGCCUAUUUGAUGUUGAUGGCACUUUGACAGCCGCGAGACAGCCUGUAACUGCGGAAAUGGCCACGUUUAUUGAAAAGUUGAAGACGAAGGUUCGUGUCGGUGUGGUGGGGGGGUCGGACCUCAGCAAAAUCAAAGAGCAACUGGGAGAUGACGUGAUCCACAAAGUGGACUAUGUAUUUGCCGAGAAUGGUCUUGUGGCCUUUAAGGAGGGACAGCUACUAUCUAUUCAGUCCAUCCAAGCCCACAUGGGAGAAGAGCUGCUACAAGAGUUUAUCAAUUUCUGUCUCAACUACUUGUCCAAGAUCAAACUUCCCAGGAAGAGGGGUACAUUCAUUGAAUUUCGUAACGGCAUGUUGAACGUCUCCCCGAUUGGACGCAACUGUACUGUGGAGGAACGCAAAGAGUUCUUUGAGCUGGACCAGAGAGAAAAAAUCCGGGAGAAGUUUGUGUCUGUUUUAAGGAAGCAGUUCAAAGGGAAAGGGUUGUCGUUUUCAAUCGGAGGGCAGAUCAGCUUUGAUGUGUUUCCUGACGGUUGGGAUAAAAGAUACUGCCUGGGGAUCAUUGAGAAGGACAACUACUCAACCAUUCACUUCUUUGGUGACAAAACUAAACCUGGAGGAAAUGACUAUGAGAUCUACUGCGACCCUCGCACCAUUGGUCAUGAGGUUACCUGUCCAGAUGAAACAAUAACGCUGUGCCAGCAGCUUUUCUUUUCAUGAGAGGAGUCCAUCGACUGCAUGUCAAGGACGGAAGAGACGUAUUUAAGAAGUUGUAAUAGUUGCGGAGGCUCUAACUUUCAAGUUACGGUUCCUAGUUUUUGUUGAGGCAUCAUUUGACUGUUGAUGACUUGAAAUCCGAUCAUGAAAGUGUCAAGGCAUUUUUAAAUGAUGACUGUAAUUGCCAACAUUUGGUGAUAAUUAGCGACUUCGUAGCUAUCCGCUUGAGAAUGAAUGAUGAAUAACUGGAAUAAUGUGCAACCUAAUCAGGAAUAAUUGUGUCAGUCGGGGUUUUUUUAAUUAACACCAUCACUGCUCAGGAAAAUACAAUCUGAGUUUCAUUGACCAUAUUCAUUGAAGAAUUGAAUCACGGCCCUCGAUCCCUGAGCUAAUAACUCGAUCAUUUGUGUGUAAACAAAGUGGGAUGAAGGGUUUUUUUUUUUCUGUUGCAAGUUACUGAAGAAAAAGGUACAAGAAACAUGCACUAUUUUGCUUUAUCUGGCGGUGGCUCAAAGGGAGUUGUGAAAGGUAAAAGGCCCACCCAGAAAUCCCAAAUUUUGCCUGCCUAUGGGACCAGUACCAACUACUGCACAGCAUGCAGAAGACUUGCUGUUUCAUGAUGAUGUCAUAACAGUAGGCCGACACGAACAGGGAAAGAAACUACAGCUGCUUGUGUAGCCAUAAACAUUUCAUAAUUACAACUAUCACUUGCUGUAUUUUGCGGGAAAUGAGAAUAACAGGUUCUCAAAAAAAUAAAUCAUGUUACGUCAUAA